AUGAGACCAGACCUUUUGAUGAGCAGAACAAUGAAAGCCAGAUAUUUUUCAGGGAAGUUUGUGUGGGAGAUAGGGCAGAAGGGCAUUGACUCUUGGUGCAGGAAAAGCCUAUUGAUUGCUAGAGGGAUGUUGGAGGAAGGGAUGCGAAUAAGGGUGGGAGAUGGUGAUCAGAUUAAGGUGUGGGAGGACAGAUGGCUACCUAAUAAUAAGGAUGGGAGGAUAAGAUCAAAGAGGAAUCCAGAGAGUAAAAUUCAGAGGGGGAUUUUACCAACCAAUGUAGUGAUGAGGGAGAAAUGUGAGAAAGGGGGUCCUGGGUAUAGGUGCUGUGGAGAAAGUGUAGAGACAUUGAAGCAUAUGUUUUUCAUGUGCAAUAAUGCUAGAGCAAUUUGGAAAGCUGCUCCAUUGAGUUGGAAGGGGUUGGAGGUGUUUAAUAAGAGUUUUUGGCAUUGGUGGGAAGAGCUUGGGGAGGCCAUGGGUAGGGUAAAUGGGAAAGAACACAUAGCUCUUACUGUGAUCAUUCUAUGGCAGAUUUGGAAGGCCGGGAAUGGCAAGCAAUUCAAUAAUAAAUGCAUUGAUCCAAGGAUAGUAGUAGAUAAGGCAGUGUUGGAGUGGAAUGAGCAUCAAUUGGCCCAGGAAGCAGGGACAGUGGAAGAGGGUAAUAGUGCAGGAAAGAUGGGGGCUAACAGAUGCUGGGUGAAACCACAAGAUAAUUGGAUCAAGAUCAAUACGGAUGCAGCCCUGAACAUGAAGCGAGGCAAAGCUGGAUGGGGCAUUGUGGCAAGAGAUAGGCAUGGGAGGGUGAUAAGAUCCUGGGCAUGCCCAACUACAAGCUGUGCAGAUGCAAAAGUUGAGGAAGCCUUGGUGAUCAGGGAGGCGAUGAAGCUAGCCAGGAGAGAGGGAUAG